CAAGCGGACGUGUUUCUCAAACUGGAUGGCUGGAAACUAAAUGAAAGAGCAAACGAACGAAGCGACCGCAAAUACAUAUACGCAUAUUUUUAAAUCAAAUUAAUUAACUAAGAAGUAGUAAAGACCAGAGAAGCAGCAAAGCAAAAAAAAAAAACACAAUCAAACCGGCGCCCCAAGAAUACAAGAGAGAGAUUUUCGAACGCCGCUUUGUGGAUUACCAGGCGUAUACGUAACGAGCGAACAGCAACGAGUCCGGGAAUUAAUUUUCCAUUUGCAGCGUCUGCUUGGGUUUCACCGCAAUUCCGCUUACGGAAUUGAGGCACUGGAAGUCAAGCAGAGUGCUCGCAAGUUCCAAAAGUUGAGCACACUUCUGCCUCCAAAAGUUACAGGAGGUCCGAAAGUUGUCGCCAACGAGCCAAAAUCGCAGACCGAAGACUGAGCAGCAAUUAAAAAUUGUGUAGCUAAUUGCCGGCCACUUACGCACACGUAGUUCAAGUCGUGAAAAGCAUAAGAUUGAACGACACUCUGCGCGAUAAGGAGCAACAGGUUAGCAAGGAUCUCGAGGAGAUCGAGCAAGUCUUCCGUCGCAUCUCGCAGCUGCAGGACAAGCUAAACGCGCUUCACGAGCAACUACAAUCGGUUCACGUCUACGACGAGCACAUAGCCCAAACGGAACAGCUCCUCAUCACAUUGAACAGCCAGGUGCAGCAGGCCGCCGAGGAGAGCAAAUUACUGGUGGCCCAGACAACGGCCCACUACCAGGCCAAACAGAAUCAGCUGCCCAGCGAUAUUGCCCAGGAGUUUACGGCUCUUGAGCUACUUGCCGAACGCGUCCAAGUGACCAUGGAGACCAAAGAGAAGGAUUUCAAGCGGGCCAAGACCGUGCGCACCGAAUAUGUGGACGGUGUGGACGAGGUGCAGCGUUGGCUGCUCCAGGCAGAGGUGCAGGUGCAGGAGAGAAGCCUCACACCCACACAGAUGAAGGAGCUGCUGCAGCGCAUUAACCACGAGAUCACCGCCAUCUACGAACGCUUCACCCUGGUCAAGACCAACGGUCAGCUGAUCAUCGAGAACUGUCGCAACAGCGAGGAGAAGACGCUGGUGCAGACGACCAUCGAUCAGUUGGCCGCAUCGCUGGCCCAGGUACGCGGUUGGCUGGAUGAGAAGAAGCAGGCGGUGGGCGAUAGUCUGGACGCGUGGACGAGGUUCAUGAACCUCUACCAGAUCGUGAUGUCGUGGGCAUCCGAGAAGCGCAACUUCAUUGACCAGACCAUCGAGCUGCGCACCCUGCCCGAGGCACGCAACAAAUUGAACGACUAUGUGACGUCUGUGAAGAGUAUUAAACCGAUUGUGAAGCAUCUGAGCGAAAUGGACAAGGAACUGGAGCACAUUGGCCAAGUGACGACUGUGGGCGAUCUCAAGGACAAACUGCAGGAGGCCGAGGAUGCGAAGAUAUCCGUGGAAGCGGUGCUGCUAGAGAGGAACUCCCUGCUGCAAGAGGCCUGCGAGGAAUGGGACCAAUGUGAACGCAAGAUUAAGGAUAUACGCUCCUGGCACGAAAAGACGAAGCAGGGACUGGACUCCUCGCAGCAGCAGAAGAAACCGCUGCGCGAUCAGCUCGGUUUCUGUGAGAAGACCCUGGCCGAUAUCAAUGUGCAGAAAACGAAACUGAGACUGUCCAUCGAAAAACUGGAGGUUCAUUUCCGCAAUGGCAUGGGCGGUGAUCCGCGCCUGAGCGAGAACGUCGAUGAUCUGGUGCGCGUGCUCGACGGCCUCGGCGAAUUGGUCAAGGCCAAGUCGCAGAGCCUCGAGCAGACGCUGGCCCAGAUCGACGUUUACCAACAGCAGAUGCAGUCCCUGCGCCAGCGUAUCAUCCAGGAGGAGCAACAGCUCCGCCUGGUGAUGGCGCCCACGUACUUGCCGCACGAUCGCGAGCGCGCAUUAGCCGAGCAACAGGCAAUGCGGGAAUCAAUCGAUGGCAUGCAGCAAGUCUACGAUGCGACCGCUCGAAAGUCCUAUGCGCUGGAUCCCCAUUCAGUGGUGACCACUUCAUCGACUGUCUCGUUGCUUAUGAAGCCAACGGCGGCAGUAGGUCUAACCUAUGCUGAAGUGCUGUCGGGACAAGCGAGUCCGGUAAGCAGCGGUAAUGAAUCGGUAACCAAUUCCCGACCAGAACGAGACCCCUCCACGACGACAACAACAACGACAACACGGCAGCAACAAUCGAACGAUACUCAGAACACGACCACUAUUACAACCAUUAAGACUACCACAACUACGACAACGACUUCGAGAAGUACGCACGGCGAUGAUGAUCAAAGCCAGGAGAGACAAGAGCUCAAUGGCGGUGGCAGCACCACAGCCACAGCAAACUAUAAGCGCCCCCAACAGGUCACACCACCCAGCGAGAAUACCUCAAACACGGUUCCUAACACAGCUACGACAACGAUAACCAAUCCCAAUAUCCAGUUCAUCGAAAGCGAGCGGAGGCAUCAGCAUCACCACGCGAAAACGGGUAAGAAGCUUCAUGCGCCGCGGCCAGAACGACGUGGUCGAUCGCCCAGACGACGACCACCUCAACAGCAAAAGCCAGUGGAAUCAUCUCAACAACCCUCGAUCGAAAUUCAAUUGGAGCGCCAGCAACCACAAGAACAGGAGCAACUAUUCUUGCCAGCUGAUGACCGAACUAGAUCUCGCAGCCCCAUGUGGGUACCAGGAUCGACUUCCUACGCUGAGGUUCUUCGGGGACUAGAGCUGGAGCGGAUCAGGGCCGAACAGCAGGCCGCCCAGGCAGUUCAGGGACGUUCCGAUCUGACCAUUCAGGAUGUUGUAGACGCUAGCGCCGAAGUUGCAGGCAGUAUUUACAUACCCCAACCAGAUCCAGAGCCGCCCAUUAAGGAAACGCAGCAGCCACAGCCACCACAACUGGAACAGUAUAUUACCGAAACGAGCACAUUACUUGACUAUUCGACUACCCAGCAACAGGAACAGAAACCCCCAAUUAAUUACGAAGUCCCAAUGACUGCCGAAGAGAUUGCAGCCACCUACUUGCAGCCCGAUCCGCAGUUGUAUCAGACAAUGUACGAAAACGUGGCCGAUAGCGGUCAGUGGGGUUUUGUCACGGGUUCGACGACAGAUCCACAGCAGCAGCAGGCUCCACAGAACUACUACGAGCAGAUAAUGCAGAUGCAGCAGUAUCCCAUACAGUAUCAACAGGUGGCUGUACCACCAGCCGCCACUACGCAAUAUCAGCUUUUAGCAGGUUACUAUCAGCCGGUGGCUCAAACGGAGGCCUAUUCCACGGUUUAUCCGGCAGAACCAAAUCAAAUCUACUAUGCACCACAAGCGACGGAGUACUCGCAGGAAUUUUCACAGCAGCAGGAGCAGCAAGUCGAACCUAUGCUUGAAUACCAGCAGGAAGCAGUGGAGCAGACAUAUCUGCUUGAUCCAUAUCGUGCGGAGAGCACUCUUCCCUCGACGACCGGCAACAGCGUGCUGGAUCGCGUUGUUACCACACUGGCAUCCAUCGUUCAACAGAGUGCAGAACCCCUGACCACCAGCACCCAGCAAAUCGAACCUCUUGCUACUGUUGUCCAGAGCGAGCCGUACUAUAUUGAAGAGCAUGUUCAAAUGCUGCGACCAGUAGAGCCACAGGAACUUGAGCUGGACGAACCGCGACCUGAUAUCACAUUUGGUCAGUUUGAGGUUGAUGCUAUUGAAACCAUACCAUUGGAUGAACCACAAGCUCCACAAACGGAAGUCGAGACUACUGAGUCUCAAGUCCGUACUCAACAAACUAUUACGACAACCACCUAUGUAACAGAGACUUCAAAUGUCUCCGAACAGACACAGCCAACUGUGAUAAUGCAGCAGACUCAGGAAGUCAUCGCGAUACCAGAUACACCAGAGAUCCCCACAGAAGAGCCCACAAAUGUUGUGGUGCACCCCAAGCCUCAGAGGCGAAGCAACCAACAGGUCCGGCCCCAGGACAUUAGCACAGGCAGCACUUACGCCGAAGUCCUUUUCGGUCUCCACCACAAAGAACAUCCAGUUUUCCAGCCAUCCAGUCAGCAACCGACCCCAGUGCGCCUCACGUCCUCGCCGCCUUUGCAACGCAAGACAGAACAGGCUGGUCCUAUCAGUAACACAGCUUUUACCAGUAAGACUACCCAACCAGGCCGUCAAGUCGAGAAAUCGACGACAUGGGAACACAAGAAUGAUAAUGUAGACUCACGAAACUCGCGAAGUAAGAGAGUGAGGCACGAAGCGCAACCGGAACCACUACCGAUUAAACAGAGUACCAGGAAAGACGGUAGGACGGUUAGAAAGCCCCAGUCUGCGGAUACAAAUGGUAUUGCCUCGGUGGAAACCAAAGUUGUUGUGGAUACCCCAGCUCCCAGUGUUGUAGUUGAAGAGACUUCAAAGCCUGAGCCAAAGCCAAGAAAAUCGAAGAAGUCUAAGAAGACUACUACUGAUAAUGUGGUUGAAUCAGCCGUCGAUAUUUCCGUGCCAUCUAAGAAAGAUACGCAAUCGGUCCUUCCCUCUGUAGGGAAAAAGGAAACUGUGGUCGAAAAAUCUGUGAUAAAGAAAACCGUUGAACCAUCUGUUGAGCCAGUAGAACCAGUUCCAGUUCCCUCGAAGAGAGAAAAGAAACACAAGCCGGUCAAGGAAAAGGAAACUCCUCAGUCAGAUGAACCAGUUCUUGAAGUUUCACCAGUUGCUCCAACCAGAAAAGAGAAGAAACAAGUCAAGACAGUUGUUAAGAAUGUUGAAACUACCAUCAGGAACGAACCAUUAAUUGAAAAGGAGACUUCUAAGCCAGCUGAUGUUCCAAAGACACAAGUAAAGCAAACUAAAUCUGUGGUCGAAACGGUAGUUGAAAAGAAGGUUCUCCAACCAGUCGUUACUGAGGACGCAGAGUUAGCAAAGUCUGUAACACCGGCAGCGCCUUCGAAGAAGGACAAGAAAAAGAACAAGACAGUUGUUGAGCCAGAAGUGAUAAAGAAGCCAACUGAGAUUGUUAUCGAAAAGGAGGUAGUAACGCCAACUGUGAUUGAAACAACCGAUGUUUCUCAAGUACAAGAACAACCAACUUCUCCUACUUCUUCGAAAAAGGAAAAGAAACAGUCGAAAAAAAUUGUUGAGACCUCUGUCAUUGUCACAGAAAAUGUGGAACCGGCUGUUCAGCUAGAGGCUGCUCCUCCACUGCCCACGAAGAAGGACAAAAAACGGUCUAAGAAGGAACCUAAGGAAGAUAUUGAAAUUUCUUUGCCAUCGGAGCCGUUAGUUUCUGUUCAGGAAACCGUUGAAAGUGUUGAAACCUUAUCCGAAACAAUUCCUGAAUCAAAAUUAGAAGGAGAAAAGGUGACAAUUCAAUAUGAAAAUGUUUUUUCAGAUUCUGCACCUAAAACAACCAACACUGUAACCGAAGAUUUGGCAUCAUCAAUUGAUGUUCCACCCACCAAUAUAACUGAGACUAUUAUCGAAGGCGAGCCCACGGUUACCACAUCGACUAAUACCAUUUCAACGGAAAGUGGAACUACAACUAUCACAACGCGAACAAUAACCAAGCAUAUUACCAAGCGCAUAGUGAAGCGUAUUGUAGAUGGUAAGGAGGAGAUUGUUGAAGAAGAUGUCAUUGAUGAUUUGCCAGAAGAGAACAUCUGCGUUGAGCAGUACAAUCUACCAACAAUCGAAACCACCACCAAUGACGUGCCAAUCGAUGUGACCGGAUUCGCUACAACCCAGGAUACAAUCGUACAGCAGGGAUCGAUAACUAAGACCGUUAUUACCAAGACAAAGCGCAUCCUGAAACGCAUCACCGAAGACGGAGAGGAAAUAGUUGAGGAGAUCUUCGAGGAUGAACCCGAGGUGGAGCGCGACGUUACACUACUGCCAACAACAGUGGUGACUUCGUUGGAUGUCAUUAAGGAUGCUGCCCAUAAUGUGGUUGCGGAAGUUAUUAAACAGGCUGAGGAAAUAACGCAACCUGAAUUGCAAGAAUUGCCUGCUAAGGUAGAAAGUCCCACUGAACCAGAAGUUAUCAGCGAAGUUGUUGUUGAGCAGGAGCAAAAUAAGCCACAAAAGCCUUCGAGAAAGGACAAGAAGAAGCAAAAGUUAUUGGAGAACCAACCAGAAACUGUAAUCGAAACGAAGGUUGUUGAAAUUGUCAAGCCGCAACAAGAAAUCACAGAGCCCCAAACAGAAAUCACAGAGCCCCUGAACACAACAAGUGCAAUUACAACGGAUAAUAACCAAACCGUUUCGUCGGAGCAAACUACUGUCAGCGAUGAUAGUGGCCUCAUUAAGACCACAGUUAUUCGUACAACCAAAAUCGUAAAGAAAAUCUCAAACAAUCAGCAGGAAAGUCAGGAGAUGAACUCUUCCACCUAUUCAGAUGCACCCUCGUCUUUGGGUUCUUACGAUUUGGCGGAAGAAGCAAUAGAACCUGCUAAGAUUGAAAAAUCAGAAUCGAAUAGCCGUGAAAUUAGCGAUGAGGGCGUGGUUAAAACCACUAAAACUACAACUACCAAAACAAUCAUAUCCCCCAAGGUAGAAGAAGUCCAAGAGGAGCCAUCAUUGCAAGUGACAUCCACUGUGUCGCCUCCAAUCGAUAUUGAGUCUGAGGAGGGUGGCGUAAUAAAAACAACUAUUGUGCGUACCACCAAAAUUGUCAAGAAGAUUUCCAAUGAGACCGAAAAUAUCAGCGAGACAAGCAGUGAACCCGAAGUAUCUCUACCAAUUGUGGAAACAGUCAUUCAAGAUGCACCUGUAGUAGCUGAAUCGGUUACAACCGAAUCAAAUAGCGAUGGUAUAACCAAGACCACAACGACGCGGACUACAAAGGUUGUGGCCAAGACUGUCACCGAAAAUGAACAAGAAAUCCUUAAUCUACCGGAUGUUCCUGUUGAACCAGAGAAUACAACCGUUUUGGGUGUAAUUGAAACCGUCGAACUGCCAGAAGUUCCGGAGGCCCCUGUUGGAGUCGAGGACAAGCUCCUAGUCACGGCAACAUCUACUAAACUUUCCAAGGCUAAUCAAGAAAAGUCCAAAAUAUUGGACUUUAUUAGCGCAGAACAAAAUGCGACUGAUAAAUAUAUAGCGCCUGGAAAAACUGUACCGCAGAUUCCAGUUAUCGAGGAGCUUGAGAACAGUUAUCCAAUUGAAGAAAGUACGGCACCUGAGCCAGAAUCUUCAGGUGUUGGGGAUGUUGUCAAGACCACAAUUGUUCGAACAACGAAAAUUGUUAAAAAGGUAACCCAAAACACGGAACAAAGCGUCAAUGUAAUCAUCGAUGCUCCUGAGCCGGAGACUGAAAAAACGGAACCAGAAGAGCCUAUUGAGGAGGCUAGUGGUGGUGUGACUAAGACAACAACUGUGCGUACUACGAAGAUCGUGAAGAAGCUGAAUGAAGAUGGUGAAACAACCACGGAGGAGACCAGAACUGCCAGUGACCCAGUGACAGUGCGCGAACCUUCGCCAGCUUUUUCGGAAGUUCCGAGCGAUACUUCAACCACAUCCAGCCAAAUCGAUGGGGCAAUUAUCAAAACUACGACGAUUCGCACGAUGCGCAUUACAAAGAGGGUCUCCAAUGACGGACGUAUUCACCUUACGGAAAGCGAGACACCAAGUGAUGUAAUCGUAACUUCUAGCAUCGAAAUGCCCGAUCAACGACCAAUUAGUCCACUUAUAUCGUCGAGGUCAACCUCUCCUGCUGUGACUCCUAGUUCCGAACUAAAGCUAGAUAAUUUGGGUGCAAAUAUUCAGUUAGGAUUGAAAGACAGUCCGACCGGGGUCAAGGUUAUUGGCAUCGAAACUAGCACAGAGAACUUGCCAAAGCUUUCUGAACAGCAGUUGGCUACAAGCAAGACUAAUGGGGACAUUAACACGACGGAUAGUAUUACCACUACUACGACGACCACCAGGAAUACGAUACUUACGACUACGCAACGACGAAGCUUCGAAACCGAAGAUGGCACAAAUGUUCUUUUCGUGGGAGAAGGCAUUGACGGUGCAUAUCCACCGGGCACAGUUCAAAAAAUUUCCCUUAUUACCCAUGAAGAGAAGCUGAAGACACCUAUUGUGAAAAUGCAUCUUGAUUUUCCGGAGGUUAGUCUUCGGGUGACCGAGACUGUGACUGAAAAUGUGGAAUCCCUGCAAAGAACAGCCGAAAGUAAUGAAAAUUCCGUGAUUGAAGUUGUUGAAUUGUCCAAAUCUGAAGUUCCAGAAGCAAUAGAAUUGAAGACAGCUCCCGUUGAUGAUCAUGUUAGCAAGUUAGACGAACUAGUCAAGAUCCCAGAAGCGACCCCAACAGUUUUACCCGAAAGUAAUCCUGCAGAAUUAAGUCCCGAAGAACAGAAGCUUUUCGAGGAUAUUCAGAAGAAAUUGUCUAAGAAAGAUAAAAAGAAGCGCCCAGCCAUUCCAGAAGAAUUUAUUAAGCAAGAAACGGUUCAGGUUCUUCUAGAAGAAAGCAAAGGUAAUGAUGCUCCUAAUGUUGUCCCAGUAGUUGAAGAACUUACGGAUGUCGCUAAACCCUUAGAUAAGCAGGACCCUGUUGCCCCGUCUGUAAAUGUAGAAAUAGUUUCCGAAACUACACUUGUUUCAAACACUGAUGACGGCGAAGUAGAUACUAAGCUGAUCCCUGUUCCAGAGUCAGAGAAACUGCUCAACAUCUUUGAAGACUCGUCCCUAAUCUCAACCUCUAAGUUAAUCGAGCAAAGCAAUUCAGAAAUUCUUUACCACGAAUCUAUAGUAGAAGUUGUCCCUGUUUCUACCCAAGAAGAAGUGCAAGUAGAAAAUCCAUGUGAAACUCAAUCAAGCCCUGCUCCUACUAAUAUCGCUAAUGAAAUUGUUCCUGAUAAACAUAGCGCAUUAAUUGCUGAAGCAUUUGUGGCUAACACGGUAAGCACUUUAAGUAUAAUCACUAAUAUUGAGAAACUUUCACCUUUAAACAAAAUAUUUGAAAUUCCCAAAUUUGACAUAUCCAAAUUUACUAUUGCUGAGGGUAAUUAUCACAUAAUAAAUUCUAAAACUAAACCAAUUGAGAAGUUGGAUCCUACCGAAACUGUUCCCGUAUCGCCACCAAAGUCGGUAAGCGUCGACAUUGACACCGAAACAAAAAUGGAAUCUACCGUCACCGACGUGGGUUCAACAACAACAACACAGGUUUCCAAUGUAGACCAACAAAAAGAUAAUAUUCCAGCUAUAUAUCACUUCGAGAUUCCCAAAUUUGACAUAUUGUCCCUUAGUAAGGCGGAAAGCAGACAGAGAAUUCUUCAAGCUUACGAGCUUCAGGAAGCAUCCAGAACUGAAGAAGAUCACACAACAGCCAACGAAACUUAUAUUUCUGAGGAUCCCCAAAAACCUGAACCAGUUCCUCAGCCACAACAUGAGGAAUCUGUAACAGAAGAAUUCGUUAAGCCAAUAAUUAAAGCUCCACUUGAAGAUGGAAGCAUUAUAACUGAAACCACAACAACAAUAACGACCGAGUCUUUGAGCAAAACUUCUAUUCCUGAAACGAUACCUGAAGAGCCCAAAAAACCAGUUGUGGACGAUUCCAAGACUAUUACAACAGUUACCACUACAACAACAACUACCGAAACCAUUAGUGAACUUCCUAUUUCCGAAGAACCCAAGAAGGUAGUAGAACCGGAGAAGAUACCUGAAGAACCCAAAAAGCCAGCAUAUGCCGGUCUUCCCGUCGAUGAGUCUUCUAGCUCGUGGAUGGAUGUCUUGGAUGAGCCCAUGAACUUCUCUGACGACGAAGAGGAACCAGUUCCUGAACCACUAAAGGAAGAAACUGUUGUGGAAGAAAUAGUCGAGGAAAAGCCAAUUGUUGAAGUUUCUGUUGUCGACGAUUCUAAGACUAUUACAACAGUUACCACUACAACAACAACUACCGAAACCAUUAGUGAACUUCCUAUUUCCGAAGAACCCAAGAAGGUAGUAGAACCGGAGAAGAUACCUGAAGAACCCAAAAAGCCAGCAUAUGCCGGUCUUCCCGUCGAUGAGUCUUCUAGCUCGUGGAUGGAUGUCUUGGAUGAGCCCAUGAACUUCUCUGACGACGAAGAGGAACCAGUUCCUGAGCCACUGAAGGAAGAAACUGUUGUGAAAGAAGUAGUCGAGGAUAAGCCCAUUGUCGAAGUUUCUAUUGUGGACGAUUCCAAGACCAUUACAACAGUUACCACCACAACAACAACUACCGAAACCAUUAGUGAACUUCCUAUUUCCGAAGAACCCAAGAAGGUAGUAGAACCGGAGAAGAUACCUGAAGAACCCAAAAAGCCAGCAUAUGCCGGUCUUCCCGUCGAUGAGUCUUCUAGCUCGUGGAUGGAUGUCUUGGAUGAGCCCAUGAACUUCUCUGACGACGAAGAGGAACCAGUUCCUGAACCACUAAAGGAAGAAACUGUUGUGGAAAAAAUAGUCGAGGAAAAGCCAAUUGUUGAAGUUUCUGUUGUCGACGAUUCCAAGACCAUUACAACAGUUACCACCACAACAACAACUACCGAAACCAUUAGCGAACUUCCUAUUCCCGAGGAAACCAAGAAGGUUGUCGAACCGGAGAAGAAACCUGAAGAACCCAAAAAGCCAGCAUAUGCCGGUCUUCCCGUCGAUGAGUCUUCUAGCUCGUGGAUGGAUGUCUUGGAUGAGCCCAUGAACUUCUCUGACGACGAAGAGGAACCAGUUCCUGAGCCACUGAAGGAAGAAACUGUUGUGAAAGAAGUAGUCGAGGAAAAGCCAAUUGUUGAAGUUUCUGUUGUCGACGAUUCCAAGACUAUUACAACAGUUACCACCACAACAACAACUACCGAAACCAUUAGUGAACUGCCUAUUUCCGAAGAACCCAAGAAGGUAGAAGAACCGGAGAAGAUACCUGAAGAACCCAAAAAGCCAGCAUAUGCCGGUCUUCCCGUCGAUGAGUCUUCUAGCUCGUGGAUGGAUGUCUUGGACGAACCUAUGAACUUCUCUGACGACGAAGAGGAACCAGUUCCUGAGCCAGUGAAGGAAGAAACUGUUGUGAAAGAAGUAGUCGAGGAAAAGCCAAUUGUUGAAGUUUCUGUUGUCGACGAUUCCAAGACUAUUACAACAGUUACCACCACAACAACAACUACCGAAACCAUUAGUGAACUUCCUAUUCCCGAGGAACCCAAGAAGGUAGUAGAACCGGAGAAGAAAGCUGAACCUUCGUCAUUCGACGAACCUAUGAACUUCUCUGACGACGAAGAGGAACCAGUUCCUGAGCCACUGAAAGAAGAAACUCUUGUGGAAGAAGUAGUCGAGCCAAUUGUUGAAUCUUCUGUUGUGGAUGAAAGCAAAACAAUAACAACUGUUACGACCACAAUUGUUACAUCUACCAAUCAAACUAAUACUUUGGAAGAGGAGAACUCUCUUCCCGCGCCAGCUGAACCGCAAAUUAUUAGUAAUGUGGUAGAUGAUGUCAGUCAAUUGGAGAAGCCUCUUGAGGGACCCAUUGAUACAUGGUCCAGCGUUUUGGAGGACACCAUUUCUAAUACUGGAAACAUUGGUUAUACCUCAACUUUAUCGGCGGACGCACCUGAGUUUACUCCAUCUUAUUUGAGACAUACCUUCUCCGAUCAAACGCAUACAUUCCUUGCCAAUGAAAGGAUAUACAACGAAUUUAUUCCCAGGAAUAGGCCAGAACAAACAAUUGGGCCACACCAAAAGCCUAAAAAGGCAAAGCCAUCAAAGCGACAGAACAAGAAGGUGGAAAUCCGAGAAAAAAUUAUUGAUGUCCAACCUGCUCAAGAAAUAAAUAUUGUAGAACCGGUACAAAUUGUCGAAGAAGUGGAGAAUGUUUGGAACAUGAACCGGGAUGGUAAAUCGUAUGCUGACGUGCUACUCAACUCUGGAGUUACAGGUGACGACGUCCCAUCUACUGAGUUACAUAAGGAAAUCCCUCACAAAACAGACAUAGUCAAAACUAAAGCCCAAGAGCCAAAGAAGAAAUCGAAGCCAGAGAAGCGGCAGGCAGAAAAGGUUAUUGAACUGUCCUCAGCAAGCAUCGAAAGCGAAAAAUCGAAGCCAAACAGCGACAGUGAGCAAUCUAAGCCUACGACAGAAAGUGAAUUAUCCAAACCAACGACAGAAAGUUCCAAAGAGCCGUCUUCUGAUGAAAGGGAUGUUUCCAGCACAUCCGAGUUGACAUGGUCAGCCCUUGUGCAAAGACCCGGCGAGUGGUCAGAUUCAACCGUAAAUAAAAAGCAGACUUCUCAUACGGCUGUCACAACUAAAGAAACACAUCGCCAGAAAGAAAAGGAGGAGCCCAAAAAGACCACAAAGGCGAAGAAGACAAAGAAGUCCAAGAAACCCGUUGUAGAUCCCGUCUCGACUACAUCUGAGGACGAACAGCCCGAGACUGUGCCCGAACCAGUGGAGGCAAUGCCUGCACCAAUAGAGUCAAAACCGGAGCCUGAAGUUGUUCAGAAGCUAGAGAGUAGCAACGCAUUCUCCUGGGCCUCACUUGUAAAGAGACCAGGCGAAUGGAUUGACAACACUGUUACUCACAUUAAAACCGCUGUCACCCCAUUGCCUGAUGUAAAAGAACCAAUCAAAAAGGACAAAAAGCCACAAAAGCCCAAGAAACAGAAGGCAACCAAAAAACCUACUCCCGUUGCUCUGCCCGAAGAUGAAGUAAGCAGUGAACCCUCUGAGGAAAUAGUUGUGGAGUGUGAGGUGGAAGAGAAAGAAACUAAAUCUAUCAAAAAUACAGAAAACGCCUUCUCUUGGGCGUCCCUGGUAAAGAAGCCCGGCGAAUGGGUUGAUGACAUUGCUUCUCGUAAAAAGCCAGUUGAAAUCAUUCACGAGGAGCCUAAGGAGGUGCAUCCACGGAAAGAACGUAAAAUUUCAAAACCUCAGCCCAAACCUCAGUCUGAAAACACCACCAAGCGUAAUAACAAAAAGGAAACUCGUGAGCCCGUAGUUGUUCAUUCGACUUCAGAGGAAAGUGAUGUGGUUGAGGUAUUAGAGCCUACAAAUGAAAAUACAAUUACUUGGGCUAAAAUAGCCAGUCAAAUUGAUCAUAUGACUGACUUGAAACCAAAGGCUAAACAAGAAACAAAGCCAAAACAAGGAGAAAGGGUAAAAGAGCAAAUAAGAUUCGAUCGAAUUGAGAAACAUCCAAAAGAUCAUGCUAUAUCAUCAGAUCUAAGUCAACAAAAGGGAGAUUCUGGUCAUUCCUGGUCAUCUGUGGUAAGUCAUCAAGUCACUGAUUUUAUUGAAGCUGAAAGUAUAAAACCAGUUCCUAAGAAGUCUGUGAAAAAGUCGAGUGGCAAUACCCAACCAAAAAUUGCACCAAAACUGGAGGAACCUUUGCAAGAACCCGUUCAAAAGGACGUAGAAAGUACACCCCUAAUGCCAUGGUCUGAAAUCAUUGACGAUGGGUUGGAUGACGUGGUCGUUGAACGAAAAUCGUGGAAAGAACUUAUAGAAGACGAAAUAGAAAUUCCUCUUCCUCAUGAGAAUGGAGAGAAAGCCAACAUUGACAAGAUUAUUGAAACCAUCCAGGAAAUACAAUCAACCAGCGAAGAAAAACCAAAUAACGAAUCCAAAACAAUUACAACAGUAACCACCACAACACUAUCAACUGAGUCUAUCAGCGAAUCUGUUACUCCAAUGGAACCCAAGAAAGUUGCCGAACCAGUGCCUGAGCCACUGAAGGAAGAAACUCUUGUGGAAGAAGUAGUCGAGGAAAAGCCAAUUGUUGAAGUUUCUGUUGUGGACGAUUCCAAGACCAUUACAACAGUUACCACCACAACAACAACUACCGAAACCAUUAGCGAACUUCCAAUUCCCGAGGAACCCAAGAAGGUUGUCGAACUGGAGAAGAAACCUGAAGAACCCAAAAAGCCAGCAUAUGCCGGUCUUCCUGUCGAUGACUCUACGAACUCGUGGAUGGAUGUCUUGGACGAACCUAUGAACUUCUCUGACGACGAAGAGGAACCAGUUCCUGAGCCAGUAAAAGAAGAAACUGUUGUGCAAGAAGUAGUCGAGGAAAAGCCAAUUGUUGAAGUUUCUGUUGUGGACGAUUCCAAGACUAUUACAACAGUUACCACAACAACAACAAAUACCGAAACCAUUAGUGAACUUCCUAUUCCCGAGGAACCCAAGAAGGUUGUCGAACUGGAGAAGAAACCUGAAGAACCCAAAAAGCCAGCAUAUGCCGGUCUUCCUGUCGAUGACUCUACGAACUCGUGGAUGGAUGUCUUGGACGAACCUAUGAACUUCUCUGACGACGAAGAGGAACCAAUUCCUGAGCCACAGAAGGAAGAAAGUCUUGUGAAAGAAGUAGUCGAGGAAAAGCCAAUUGUUGAAGUUUCUGUUGUGGACGAUUCCAAGUCCAUUACAACAGUUACCACCACAACAACAACUACCGAAACCAUUAGUGAAAUUGCUAUUCCCGAGGAACCCACGAAGGUUGUCGAACCGGAGAAGAAACCUGAAGAACCCAAAAAGCCAGCAUAUGCCGGUCUUCCCGUCGAUGACUCUACGAACUCGUGGAUGGAUGUCUUGGACGAACCUAUGAACUUCUCUGACGACGAAGAGGAACCAGUUCCUGAACCACUGAAGGAAGAAACUGUUGUGGAAGAAGUAGUCGAGGAAAAGCCAAUUGUUGAAGUUUCUGUUGUGGACGAUUCCAAGACCAUUACAACAGUUACCACCACAACAACAACUACCGAAACCAUUAGCGAACUUCCUAUUCCCGAGGAACCCAAGAAGGUUGUCGAACCGGAGAAGAAACCUGAAGAACCCAAAAAGCCAGCAUAUGCCGGUCUUCCUGUCGAUGACUCUACGAACUCGUGGAUGGAUGUCUUGGACGAACCUAUGAACUUCUCUGACGACGAAGAGGAACCAGUUCCUGAACCACUGAAGGAAGAAACUGUUGUGGAAGAAGUAGUCGAGGAAAAGCCAAUUGUUGAAGUUUCUUUUGUGGACGAUUCCAAGUCCAUUACAACAGUUACCACCACAACAACGACUACCGAAACCAUUAGUGAACUUCCUAUUCCCGAGGAACCCAAGAAGGUAGUAGAACCGGAGAAGAAGCCUGAAGAACCCAAAAAGCCAGCAUAUGCCGGUCUUCCCGUCGAUGAGUCUUCUAGCUCUUUGAUGGAUGUCUUGGACGAACCUAUGAACUUCUCUGACGACGAAGAGGAACCAGUUCCUGAGCCAGUGAAGGAAGAAACUCUUGUGAAAGAAGUAGUCGAGGAAAAGCCAAUUGUUGAAGUUUCUGUUGUGGACGAUUCCAAGUCCAUUACAACAGUUACCACCACAACAACAACUACCGAAACCAUUAGUGAACUUCCUAUUCCCGAGGAACCCAAGAAGGUAGUAGAACCGGAGAAGAAGCCUGAAGAACCCAAAAAGCCAGCAUAUGCCGGUCUUCCUGUCGAUGACUCUUCGAACUCGUGGAUGGAUGUCUUGGACGAACCUAUGAACUUCUCUGACGACGAAGAGGAACCAAUUCCUGAGCCACUGAAGGAAGAAACUGUUGUGGAAGAAGUAGUCGAGAUAAAGCCAAUUGUUGAAGUUUCUGUUGUGGACGAUUCCAAGACUAUUACAACAGUUACCACCACAACAAUAACUACCGAAACUAUUAGUGAACUUCCUAUUUCCGAGGAACCCAAGAAGGUAGUAGAACCGGAGAAGAAACCUGAAGAACCCAAAAAGCCAGCAUAUGCCGGUCUUCCCGUCGAUGACUCUACGAACUCGUGGAUGGAUGUCUUGGACGAACCUAUGAACUUCUCUGACGACGAAGAGGAACCAGUUCCUGAGCCAGUGAAGGAAGAAACUCUUGUGGAAGAAGUAGUCGAGGAAAAGCCAAUUGUUGAAGUUUCUGUUGUGGACGAUUCCAAGACUAUUACAACAGUUACCACCACAACAACAACUACCGAAACCAUUAGUGAACCAGUUAUAUCCGAGCAACCCAAGAAAACAGUAGAACCAGUGAAGAAACCUGAAGAAUCCACAGAAGUCGAGCCAAAACCAUUGUCUUCUAAUAUAUGGGAACUGCAUUCGUCAUAUGCUGAUGUCUUGCGUCAUACUGUGGACUUCAUAAGUUUAGAAAAGAAUAAUGUUGAAGUCCCAACUGAAUCAAAUUUAGGUAAAGUGCCAACAGUAAAAGAGCCUGCUAAACUUCCAGAACCUUUGAUUAAGACAAAGGCUAAGAAAGAAAAACCGUUAAAGAAGGAAAAGGGAGCUAAGCUUUUGACGCCUAAAGAUGAAGUUCUACCAAUCGAAAGAGAAUCAGCAAAGGAUGAAACAAAGACGUCGUGGUCAACAAUGGUCGAGAACGAUUUUGAUGAUAACGUUCAAACAAACAUACUCAGUGCCGAUAGCACUUUGUGGUCUUCAAUUGUCCGACAAGGUGCCCAGGAACCUAUUACCAAAAUGACACAAUCUGCCGACCAUGAUGGUAAAGUUCUAGAACCUGCAUUCCAGAAUUCACAAGAAAUAAACAAAUUCAUUUCCCAAGAAAGAAGCUCCACAGUGAUUGAAAAGACUAAGAAACAAAAAUCAAAGAAGGAAAAGAAACACAAUAAGAUAGAAUCAGUAGUUGAAGUGGCUUUAGAACCAUACGUUGAUAGCACUUUCAUGCGCGAUGAUCCUAAAACACAGCAGAAUGCAGAAAUUCCGUCUGUUUUGGAAAGUUUACCUAUUCAACCCAAGUCUUGGUCAUCUAUCGUCUCACAAACCGAGGUUCUGCCUCCAACAAGUAUAGAAAGUAAAAUAUCCCAGAAAGCCGUUGAUCCUCAUAGGUCAAAAGAAGUGCAGGAGUUCAUUAGUAAAGAACAAAUCUUUUCAACGACUGUAAAUGCCGAUUCUAAGAAACCUGAAGAUAAGAAACCCUUAGAAGAAAAACCGAAAAAACAAAAAUCAAAGAAGGAAAAGAAAACUAAGGUGGUGGAAGCUCCAGAACCCAUCGUUGAGUCUGCAGUUCCUGAGGCCGUUGUUGAACCCACUGUUGAAGUGACAUUUGUUGAGGAACCAGUGGUUGAGGUGACUACAGUUGUAGAAGAAGUAACGCCCGAGACACAACCGGAACCCACUCCAGUAAGUGAGGUGGCCCCAUCGCAACCACUAUCAUGGUCGUCUAUCGUUUCUCAAACCACGGAAGUUACGACAAAUGUAACAGAGACUCGCUUCACGGAAGAGCCUGAAGAUAAGAAACCCUUAGAAGAAAAACCGAAAAAACAAAAACCAAAGAAGGAAAAGAAAACUAAGGUGGUGGAAGCUCCAGAGCCCAUCGUUGAGUCUGCAGUUCCUGAGGCCGUUGUUGAACCAACUGUUGAAGUGACAUUUGUUGAGGAACCAGUGGUUGAGGUGACUACAGUUGUAGAAGAAGUAACGCCCGAGACACAACCGGAACCCACUCCAGUAAGUGAGGUGGCCCCAUCGCAACCACUAUCAUGGUCGUCUAUCGUUUCUCAAACCACGGAAAUUACGACAAAUGUAACAGAGACUCGCUUCACGGAAGAGCCUGAAGAUAAGAAACCCUUAGAAGAAAAACCGAAAAAACAAAAAUCAAAGAAGGAAAAGAAAACUAAGGUGGUGGAAGCUCCAGAACCCAUCGUUGAGUCUGCAGUUCCUGAGGCCGUUGUUGAACCCACUGUUGAAGUGACAUUUGUUGAGGAACCAGUGGUUGAGGUGACUACAGUUGUAGAAGAAGUAACGCCCGAGACACAACCGGAACCCACUCCAGUAAGUGAGGUGGCCCCAUCGCAACCACUAUCAUGGUCGUCUAUCGUUUCUCAAACCACGGAAGUUACGACAAAUGUAACAGAGACUCGCUUCACGGAAGAGCCUGAAGAUAAGAAACCCUUAGAAGAAAAACCGAAAAAACAAAAACCAAAGAAGGAAAAGAAAACUAAGGUGGUGGAAGCUCCAGAGCCCAUCGUUGAGUCUGCAGUUCCUGAGGCCGUGGUUGAACCCACUGUUGAAGUGACAUUUGUUGAGGAACCAGUGGUUGAGGUGACUACAGUUGUAGAAGAAGUAACGCCCGAGACACAACCGGAACCCACUCCAGUUAGUGAGGUGGCCCCUUCGCAACCACUAUCAUGGUCGUCCAUCGUUUCUCAAACCACGGAAGUUACGACCAAUGUUACAGAGACUCGCUUCACGGAAGAACCUGAAGAUAAGAAACCCUCGGAAGAAAAACCGAAAAAACAAAAAGCAAAGAAGGAAAAGAAAACUAAGGUGGUGGAAGCUCCAGAGCCCAUCGUUGAGUCUGCAGUUCCUGAGGCCGUUGUUGAACCCACUGUUGAAGUGACAUUUGUUGAGGAACCAGUGGUUGAGGUGACUACAGUUGUAGAAGAAGUAACGCCCGAGACACAACCGGAACCCACUCCAGUAAGUGAGGUGGCCCCAUCGCAACCACUAUCAUGGUCGUCUAUCGUUUCUCAAACCACGGAAGUUACGACAAAUGUAACAGAGACUCGCUUCACGGAAGAGCCUGAAGAUAAGAAACCCUUAGAAGAAAAACCGAAAAAACAAAAACCAAAGAAGGAAAAGAAAACUAAGGUGGUGGAAGCUCCAGAGCCCAUCGUUGAGUCUGCAGUUCCUGAGGCCGUUGUUGAACCAACUGUUGAAGUGACAUUUGUUGAGGAACCAGUGGUUGAGGUGACUACAGUUGUAGAAGAAGUAACGCCCGAGACACAACCGGAACCCACUCCAGUAAGUGAGGUGGCCCCAUCGCAACCACUAUCAUGGUCGUCUAUCGUUUCUCAAACCACGGAAGUUACGACAAAUGUAACAGAGACUCGCUUCACGGAAGAGCCUGAAGAUAAGAAACCCUUAGAAGAAAAACCGAAAAAACAAAAAGCAAAGAAGGAAAAGAAAACUAAGGUGGUGGAAGCUCCAGAGCCCAUCGUUGAGUCUGCAGUUCCUGAGGCCGUUGUUGAACCAACUGUUGAAGUGACAUUUGUUGAGGAACCAGUGGUUGAGGUGACUACAGUUGUAGAAGAAGUAACGCCCGAGACACAACCGGAACCCACUCCAGUAAGUGAGGUGGCCCCAUCGCAACCACUAUCAUGGUCGUCUAUCGUUUCUCAAACCACGGAAAUUACGACAAAUGUAACAGAGACUCGCUUCACGGAAGAGCCUGAAGAUAAGAAACCCUUAGAAGAAAAACCGAAAAAACAAAAAUCAAAGAAGGAAAAGAAAACUAAGGUGGUGGAAGCUCCAGAACCCAUCGUUGAGUCUGCAGUUCCUGAGGCCGUUGUUGAACCCACUGUUGAAGUGACAUUUGUUGAGGAACCAGUGGUUGAGGUGACUACAGUUGUAGAAGAAGUAACGCCCGAGACACAACCGGAACCCACUCCAGUAAGUGAGGUGGCCCCAUCGCAACCACUAUCAUGGUCGUCUAUCGUUUCUCAAACCACGGAAGUUACGACAAAUGUAACAGAGACUCGCUUCACGGAAGAGCCUGAAGAUAAGAAACCCUUAGAAGAAAAACCGAAAAAACAAAAACCAAAGAAGGAAAAGAAAACUAAGGUGGUGGAAGCUCCAGAGCCCAUCGUUGAGUCUGCAGUUCCUGAGGCCGUUGUUGAACCAACUGUUGAAGUGACAUUUGUUGAGGAACCAGUGGUUGAGGUGACUACAGUUGUAGAAGAAGUAACGCCCGAGACACAACCGGAACCCACUCCAGUAAGUGAGGUGGCCCCAUCGCAACCACUAUCAUGGUCGUCUAUCGUUUCUCAAACCACGGAAGUUACGACAAAUGUAACAGAGACUCGCUUCACGGAAGAGCCUGAAGAUAAGAAACCCUUAGAAGAAAAACCGAAAAAACAAAAAUCAAAGAAGGAAAAGAAAACUAAGGUGGUGGAAGCUCCAGAACCCAUCGUUGAGUCUGCAGUUCCUGAGGCCGUUGUUGAACCCACUGUUGAAGUGACAUUUGUUGAGGAACCAGUGGUUGAGGUGACUACAGUUGUAGAAGAAGUAACGCCCGAGACACAACCGGAACCCACUCCAGUAAGUGAGGUGGCCCCAUCGCAACCACUAUCAUGGUCGUCUAUCGUUUCUCAAACCACGGAAGUUACGACAAAUGUAACAGAGACUCGCUUCACGGAAGAACCUGAAGAUAAGAAACCCUUAGAAGAAAAACCGAAAAAACCAAAGGCAAAGAAGGAAAAGAAAACUAAGGUGGUGGAAGCUCCAGAGCCCAUCGUUGAGUCUUCAGUUCCUGAGGCCGUUGUUGAACCCACUGUUGAAGUGACAUUUGUUGAGGAACCAGUGGUUGAGGUGACUACAGUUGUAGAAGAAGUAAAGCCCGAGACACAACCGGAACCCACUUCAGUUAGUGAGGUGGCCCCAUCGCAACCACUAUCAUGGUCGUCCAUCGUUUCUCAAACCACGGAAGUUACGACAAAUGUAACAGAGACUCGCUUCACGGAAGAACCUGAAGAUAAGAAACCCUUAGAAGAAAAACCGAAAAAACCAAAGGCAAAGAAGGAAAAGAAAACUAAGGUGGUGGAAGCUCCAGAGCCCAUCGUUGAGUCUUCAGUUCCUGAGGCCGUGGUUGAACCCACUGUUGAAGUGACUUUUGUUGAGGAACCAGUGGUUGAGGUGACUACAGUUGUAGAAGAAGUAACCCCCGAGACACAACCGGAACCAACUCCAGUAAGUGAGGUGGCCCCAUCGCAACCACUAUCAUGGUCGUCCAUCGUUUCUCAAGCCACGGAAGUAACGACAAAUGUAACAGAGACUCGCUUCACGGAAGAACCCGAAGAUAAGAAACCCUUAGAAGAAAAACCGAAAAAACCAAAGGCAAAGAAGGAAAAGAAAACUAAGGUGGUGGAAGCUCCAGAGCCCAUCGUUGAGUCUGCAGUUCCUGAGGACGUUGUUGAACCCACUGUUGAAGUGACUUUUGUUGAGGAACCAGUGGUUGAGGUGACUACAGUCGUAGAAGAAGUAACGCCCGAGACACAACAGGAACCCACUCCAGUAAGUGAGGUGGCCCCAUCGCAACCACUAUCAUGGUCGUCCAUCGUUUCUCAAACCACGGAAGUUACGACAAAUGUAACAGAGACUCGCUUCACGGAAGAACCUGAAGAUAAGAAACCCUUAGAAGAAAAACCGAAAAAACCAAAGGCAAAGAAGGAAAAGAAAACUAAGGUGGUGGAAGCUCCAGAGCCCAUCGUUGAGUCUUCAGUUCCUGAGGCCGUGGUUGAACCCACUGUUGAAGUGACUUUUGUUGAGGAACCAGUGGUUGAGGUGACUACAGUUGUAGAAGAAGUAACCCCCGAGACACAACCGGAACCAACUCCAGUAAGUGAGGUGGCCCCAUCGCAACCACUAUCAUGGUCGUCCAUCGUUUCUCAAACCACGGAAGUAACGACAAAUGUAACAGAGACUCGCUUCACGGAAGAACCUGAAGAUAAGAAACCCUUAGAAGAAAAACCGAAAAAACAAAAACCAAAGAAGGAAAAGAAAACUAAGGUGGUGGAAGCUCCAGAGCCCAUCGUUGAGUCUGCAGUUCCUGAGGACGUUGUUGAACCCACUGUUGAAGUGACUUUUGUUGAGGAACCAGUGGUUGAGGUGACUACAGUCGUAGAAGAAGUAAAGCCCGAGACACAACCGGAACCCACUCCAGUAAGUGAGGUGGCCCCAUCGCAACCACUAUCAUGGUCGUCCAUCGUUUCUCAAACCACGGAAGUAACGACAAAUGUAACAGAGACUCGCUUCACGGAAGAACCUGAAGAUAAGAAACCCUUAGAAGAAAAACCGAAAAAACAAAAACCAAAGAAGGAAAAGAAAACUAAGGUGGUGGAAGCUCCAGAGCCCAUCGUUGAGUCUGCAGUUCCUGAGGACGUUGUUGAACCAACUGUUGAAGUGACUUUUGUUGAGGAACCAGUGGUUGAGGUGACUACAGUUGUAGAAGAAGUAAAGCCCGAGACACAACCGGAACCCACUCCAGUAAGUGAGGUGGCCCCAUCGCAACCACUAUCAUGGUCGUCCAUCGUUUCUCAAACCACGGAAGUAACGACAAAUGUAACAGAGACUCGCUUCACGGAAGAACCUGAAGAUAAGAAACCCUUAGAAGAAAAACCGAAAAAACAAAAACCAAAGAAGGAAAAGAAAACUAAGGUGGUGGAAGCUCCAGAGCCCAUCGUUGAGUCUGCAGUUCCUGAGGACGUUGUUGAACCAACUGUUGAAGUGACUUUUGUUGAGGAACCAGUGGUUGAGGUGACUACAGUUGUAGAAGAAGUAAAGCCCGAGACACAACCGGAACCCACUCCAGUAAGUGAGGUGGCCCCAUCGCAACCACUAUCAUGGUCGUCCAUCGUUUCUCAAACCACGGAAGUAACGACAAAUGUAACAGAGACUCGCUUCACGGAAGAACCUGAAGAUAAGAAACCCUUAGAAGAAAAACCGAAAAAACAAAAACCAAAGAAGGAAAAGAAAACUAAGGUGGUGGAAGCUCCAGAGCCCAUCGUUGAGUCUGCAGUUCCUGAGGACGUUGUUGAACCAACUGUUGAAGUGACUUUUGUUGAGGAACCAGUGGUUGAGGUGACUACAGUUGUAGAAGAAGUAAAGCCCGAGACACAACCGGAACCCACUCCAGUAAGUGAGGUGGCCCCAUCGCAACCACUAUCAUGGUCGUCCAUCGUUUCUCAAACCACGGAAGUAACGACAAAUGUAACAGAGACUCGCUUCACGGAAGAACCUGAAGAUAAGAAACCCUUAGAAGAAAAACCGAAAAAACAAAAACCAAAGAAGGAAAAGAAAACUAAGGUGGUGGAAGCUCCAGAGCCCAUCGUUGAGUCUGCAGUUCCUGAGGACGUUGUUGAACCAACUGUUGAAGUGACUUUUGUUGAGGAACCAGUGGUUGAGGUGACUACAGUUGUACAAGAAGUAAAGCCCGAGACACAACCGGAACCCACUCCAGUAAGUGAGGUGGCCCCAUCGCAACCACUAUCAUGGUCGUCCAUCGUUUCUCAAACCACGGAAGUAACGACAAAUGUAACAGAGACUCGCUUCACGGAAGAACCUGAAGAUAAGAAACCCUUAGAAGAAAAACCGAAAAAACAAAAACCAAAGAAGGAAAAGAAAACUAAGGUGGUGGAAGCUCCAGAGCCCAUCGUUGAGUCUGCAGUUCCUGAGGACGUUGUUGAACCCACUGUUGAAGUGACUUUUGUUGAGGAACCAGUGGUUGAGGUGACUACAGUCGUAGAAGAAGUAACGCCCGAGACACAACCGGAACCCACUUCAGUUAGUGAGGUGGCCCCAUCGCAACCACUAUUAUGGUCGUCUAUUGUCUCUCAAACUACUGAAGAUGUAGCAGAGGCUCUUAUCACUGAUGUAGCUGAAGAUCAGAAACCUUUAAUGGAAAAACCGAAAAAACUUAAGGCAGGGAAGGAAAAGAAAUCCAAGGUUCAGAAUGUUGAAGAGUCAAUUUUGGAGUCUGAUGUUCCAUUGUCCGUUGUUGAACCCAUUAUUGGAUUUACCACUGUUCAAAAGGAUGUACCACCAAAAACGGAAUCGCAUACGUUUUCAUGGUCGUCUAUUGUUGCUCAGUCUGUUGAGGUUCCACGAACAAUUCCAAAACAUGUAGAAUCAAAAACGGGCGGAAUUCAAAACUUUAUCGCACAGGAGCAAAAUUACUCUACGGUUGUGAAUGAUUCAGUCAAAAAGCCGAAACCUAAAAAGGAAAAGAAAAUAGUUCAGCCUAUUCAACAACCAACCGGUGAAAGCGUUCCUGUCCGAAAAGAUCACAUGCGAGAAGGAGUAACUAAAGCAGUUCCUGAGCCACAAACUUUGUCUUGGUCGUCAAUCGUUUCGCAUAACAUCGAUUUGACGCCAACGUUUACUGAAAACCGUGUCAUUGAAGCCGUCGAUGAGAUCAAUCCCGAUGACAGCAGUAGUAAUCAAGAAGGUGAGCUUCCCAUUCAUGUUGAUGAAAGGAAACGAAAACCCAAAAAGGACAAAAAACGAGAUCAAAAUAUUGAAACUUCUGUUGUCUACGAAGAGAUUCCAGAAACUGAACGCGUAGCUGUGUCUUCCACGCCUGAAUUCAGCAUUCAGUUGCCGGCACCAACAAAACCAUCAGUGUGGUCAUCAUCAGACACCUAUGCCGAAGUUGUUAAGAAGUCUGGUUACAACAACAAUACGAACAUUAAAUAUCAGAAAAUUGAGGCAAGGGAACCAAUCAAGAGUGAACCAAAACACACAUUUGUCGAAGUGCAGACACAUGAAGAUCUUCUGGAGUUCCCGGACCCUAUCAUUCCUGCAAUUGAAAGAGAUGAAGCACUUGAGAAACCCUCUCAGCUAUCAUGGAAGGACCUUGUAGAUGAGGAUGAUGUGGAUCCGCUGGAGUCGUGGCAUAAGGGAGAAACAGAUUCUGUAGAGAUAAAGACACAAAAACCAAUACAGGAAAGACAUUCCCGAGUGAGCGUAAAGCCGGAAAUUCAAAUAACCGAGGUAGUUACUGAAACUCAAUCGCAAUCCGAGACUGACCAAGAAUUCUUGGAAAUUACUUCAAAGAAACGAAAUCGCUCACGCUCACGUUCGCAACAGUCACAGGCUUCGAACAUUGAUGAAAAGCAUCAAAAGAAAAAAUCAAAGAAGCCAAAAAAUACGGUACCUAAAGCACCAGCUCAACAGCCUACGGAAGCUCCUGAGGAUGUCCAGCCUCCUAAGGAAUCUGUACCAUCUGUAGAAGAACCGUCUCCACCACCAGCUCCUUCUCCUAAUACCUCAGGUAUGUCAUGGGCUGCUAUAGCCGCCCAUAAUGUGCCAGAACCAGUUCAACAUAUUCGACCCCUCCAAGCUGAGGCCAAACCAACUGUCGUUGAAGAUGUAAGGAAAUCAACAAAUGAGCACACAGUAAACAUUCCAAUCACUUUCGAAACUACUGAGCCAAAGACUAAAAAGCCAAAGCAAAAGUCUAAGCGAAAGUUGCCAACCGAUGUGGUUGAUUUCAUUAAUGCAGAAAAAUCGAUACAUCAAGUGAUUGCUUCCAAACCUGAAAUAGUUGAAGAACCUGGAUCUAUAAUAGUUGAAGACGUCAACAAUACUUUAACAUCAUGGGAAAUAAAAACUCCACUUGCUCCCUUUGAAUUUGUUGCCGAGUCUGAAGUUGAACCAGUAUCUGAGUCACAUAUGGAAGACCUCCCUGUCGAAAAAGUUUUGAAGACGGAGCCAAUUGUUGAAUCUACGGCGGUAGACGAAUCUAAGACUACUACAACAGUAACCACAACAACAACAACUACCGAAACCACUAGCAAUGUUUCUAUUCCCGAGGAACCCAAGAAGGUUGUCGAACCAGAGAAGAAACCUGAAGAACCCAAAAAGCCAGCAUAUGCCGGUCUUCCUGUCGAUGACUCUUCGAACUCGUGGAUGGAUGUCUUGGACGAACCUAUGAACUUCUCUGACGACGAAGAGGAACCAGUUCCUGAACCACUGAAGGAAGAAACUCUUGUGGAAGAAGUAGUCGAGGAAAAGCCAAUUGUUGAAGUUUCUGUUGUGGACGAUUCCAAGUCCAUUACAACAGUUACCACCACAACAACAACUACCGAAACCAUUAGUGAACUUCCUAUUCCCGAGGAACCCAAGAAGGUAGUAGAACCGGAGAAGAAACCUGAAGAACCCAAAAAGCCAGCAUAUGCCGGUCUUCCCGUCGAUGAGUCUUCUAGCUCGUGGAUGGAUGUCUUGGACGAACCUAUGAACUUCUCUGACGACGAAGAGGAACCAGUUCCUGAGCCAGUGAAGGAAGAAACUCUUGUGGAAGAAGUAGUCGAGGAAAAGCCAAUUGUUGAAGUUUCUGUUGUGGACGAUUCCAAGUCCAUUACAACAGUUACCACCACAACAACAACUACCGAAACCAUUAGCAAACUUCCUAUUUCCGAGGAACCCAAGAAGGUAGUAGAACCGGAGAAGAAACCUGAAGAACCCAAAAAGCCAGCAUAUGCCGGUCUUCCUGUCGAUGACUCUUCGAACUCGUGGAUGGAUGUCUUGGACGAACCUAUGAACUUCUCUGACGACGAAGAGGAACCAGUUCCUGAGCCAGUGAAGGAAGAAACUCUUGUGGAAGAAGUAGUCGAGGAAAAGCCAAUUGUUGAAGUUUCUGUUGUGGACGAUUCCAAGUCCAUUACAACAGUUACCACCACAACAACAACUACCGAAACCAUUAGUGAACUUCCUAUUCCCGAGGAACCCAAGAAGGUAGUAGAACCGGAGAAGAAACCUGAAGAACCCAAAAAGCCAGCAUAUGCCGGUCUUCCUGUCGAUGACUCUUCGAACUCGUGGAUGGAUGUCUUGGACGAACCUAUGAACUUCUCUGACGACGAAGAGGAACCAGUUCCUGAGCCAGUGAAGGAAGAAACUCUUGUGGAAGAAGUAGUCGAGGAAAAGCCAAUUGUUGAAGUUUCUGUUGUGGACGAUUCCAAGUCCAUUACAACAGUUACCACCACAACAACAACUACCGAAACCAUUAGUGAACUUCCUAUUCCCGAGGAACCCAAGAAGGUAGUAGAACCGGAGAAGAAACCUGAAGAACCCAAAAAGCCAGCAUAUGCCGGUCUUCCCGUCGAUGAGUCUUCUAGCUCGUGGAUGGAUGUCUUGGACGAACCUAUGAACUUCUCUGACGACGAAGAGGAACCAGUUCCUGAACCACUGAAGGAAGAAACUGUUGUGGAAGAAGUAGUCGAGAAAAAGCCAAUUGUUGAAGUUUCUGUUGUGGACGAUUCCAAGACCAUUACAACAGUUACCACCACAACAACAACUACCGAAACCAUUAGCGAACUUCCUAUUCCCGAAGAACCCGAGAAGGUCGAACAAGCAGUCGUCAAAGUUGAAGAACCAAAGAAACCAGCAUAUGCCGGCCUGCCGGUUGAUGCCUCUUCAAGCUCUUGGAUGGAUGUCUUGGAUGAGCCCAUGAACUUCUCAGACAGUGAAGAAGAACCCGUACCAGAGUCACAAACUGAAGUAACACCCUUGGCACCAUUUAAGGAUGUUGCAGUUGAUAAGGUUCAAAAACCAGUCGAAACAGCUAAUAUAUCUAUUGACUCUGGAAAUACUGAAGCCGAGAAGACUCCCCUGGCGCCCUUCGAAGAAAUUCCUGACUCUCCUUUAGACGAUGCGUUUAUAUGUGAGACUUCCUACUGGUCAGCAACUCUCAAGCCAGGUCAAAAACCGGCAUCCACAGUUGAAACAACCGAGACAAAACAAGAGGAAAGCCAACCCAUUAAAGUAACUAUUCCAGACGAUGAAGGCAUUGACGAAGUGGCGGUAAAGUCACCCACUGAUCAGCCAACAACAUGGUCAGCAAUUGUCCAAACCGAGACAACUGUGUUCCCAACACCAGAUGUACAAAAGGACAAUGAAAAGACUCCUGAUUGGUCUACUCAUGUUGUGAGCAAAACAACUGACUUCCAGGAGCCGAAGCCUCUGAAGAACGUGGUUGAUUCGGAGAAUAUAACAACAACGACAACAACAUAUGUGACCACAACGGUGACUACACAUAAGGAUACAUCUAUCGUGGAGAAUGAAUCGCCAGCAACAUCUUAUGUGUCCACUGUGGUAACCAGCCAUAAAAAUGAACUGGAUUUGGAACCAGAACCUUUUGAACUAACUAAACCGGAUAACCUUAUCGAGAAUCUUAAUCGCGAGGCAUUCAAAGUGCAUCCCCAAUACGAAUUCUUGCAGGGACAAUACCAACAACUGAAGGUGGUAAAUAUAACGAAAGAACCGUAUUUGGAGGAACCCAAAGAAGAUGUUCCUUUGGUAGAAGAUUAUGUGAUAAUUGAACCCGAAGCGAUACCUGAAAUCAAUUCCGAAAUCCUUGCUCUUAAUCUUUAUCUUGACCAAACCAAUAUAUUGCCCAAGACUCGUAUAGAUGUCGACACCAUUAGCCAGUUGCUCACCCUUCAGAAGUCGUCUGAUCCUAUAGUAGAAAAAGAAACUGUCCAAGGGGAAACUAAGAGUGUAGAAAUUCUUGUCAAAAAAUCCAUUGUAGAAUCGCCUAUUGAACCCAUAGCUGACGAGCCACUUGUCAUUGAAACAUCUCAAUCUCCGCCUGAACCCAGUAAAUUGCUCUGGAACCUCAGUCAAGAUAAUUUCCUCAAACUUAUCAAUCACUAUAAACAAACGGCAGGCGAUGCAUUCGCAUUGUUGCCAAGGACAACCACAGACACGACGAUAGCUCAGGAAACUCAAGACGAUAAGCAAAAGACUGACGGCAUUACAGAAACUGUAGUGACAACCACGACGACCACGAUAACCGAUCGCGUUGUAGAAAAGACUGAACCAGAUGCAUCGUCAUUACCAAUCAUUCCUACCGCCCAGCCAUUGACGGCACCAACGCUUGGUAACCUCGAUCAGUUGCGUCUGAAUCUGUAUCUGGACGAUUGGCAGCCAGCUAGUGUGGAUGCACAUUUGGCUGACGAUUUGUUCGAUGGAUUGAAACGUGUUGAUGUCGCCGGUAGCGAAGCGGAACUCGACAAAGACAAGAACCAGGAGCAACAACCUGACGGUGAUGCCAAAAAGCCAGAUGGUGUUACUGGAAUACCAGACAAGGACGAUCAUGACAGUGACGAUGAUGACGACGACGACGACGAUGACGACGACGAGGGAGGUAAGCCGACUGUGCCAGAAAUUCGCAAGCCGAACGACGAUGAUGAUAAACCGAACGACAAGGAUCCUGGUAGCGGUAGUAGUGGUAAUGUGACCCCCACACCCGAGCACGAUGCCCAGUACGGUCAGAACCGUAGCUGUUCAUCGGAGUAUAGGUCCACCGAUCUACCGGGUGGUGUGGGUCAUUGGCGUGACGACAGUACUUAUCUGGCUCUAGAAGCCGAACAGCCUCAGGUUAAACUAGAAAGUGUACCACUGGCACCCACUAUAUCGGGUGUUGAAUCUGUACUAACCGAAACUAAUACCACAAGUCCCGCCCCCGCCCCCGACCCCGUCACAGCCCCUGAAACCAGUCCCAGUACAACUACUAGUUCCCUAAACGUUGCAAACGCACUAAUCCAAUUGGCAAGCGCCACAACUCACACGCUGUCCGCCAAGGCGAACGCAGCAGCAACAGCAACACAUGCAGCAGCGCUGGCAGCAACCAGUGCUCUACUUCCGGUUGCAACGGCCGUAGUCGAUAAGCUAACGACGACAACAACAGCAGCAGCGGAGACACCAGCAGCAACAUCGGAUGUUGCUGCCGUAAACCCCUAUGUUGCACGUGCAACACCGGCAGCAACAACAGUAGCAGAAGCAGCAACAGCAGCAGCAGCAGAAAUACCUCCGGCAGCAACUCACACCGAAACGACAACAACUAGCAGCAGCAGUGGAGAGGUGGUGGCAUUGCCCACCGAAAAUACCGGUGCGGUACGACGCACCACAACAACAACCACAACCGUAACGACAACAACCACAGUUGAAACGCCAUCGACAACUAGCAACACAACGACAACGACAACAACCACAAGCAGCAACGAACUGCAAGAACAACGCCAGAAGGAUCUAAUUACGCAAGAGCUCGACGAACUGCUCCAAUCGCUUUCGAGCGUCGAGGAUGGCAUCGCCAACAUGAACCAGAGCAGCCUGGAUGGCAUGCUACAUGGAUUGAAGCUAAUCCAGAGCAAUCUCGAAGUACACGAAAGGGACGCCAUCGAGUUAAAGAACCAGGCGAAGAAAUUACCCACGGAUCCGGCUACCGAACGGUUGCUCAACGACACCGUGGACCGUAUUGACUUACUACUACGCCGCACUCAGCAAGGCAUCACCAUGAUAGCGAAUGCUAUGCAUGGUCAGAAGAAGCGCCAGCAGGAGAUCGACGAGUACCAGCAACAUCUGCUGGAGCUGGAGCAAUGGAUUAUCGAGGUAUCCGCCGAGCUGGCUUCCUUUGAACCCACCUCGGACAGCAGCACGGAUGAGCAGGUGCUCAAGUCGCAGGUGGAGAGGAGCCAGCAAUUGCUGCGCACCCUCAAGGAUCGCCAGCAGUCCAUGGAGGAUUUGGUGGAGCAGACGCGCCAACUGCAAUCCCAUCCCGAUGUUUCUCCCUUGGCUGACACGCUGAUGGAGCAGCUGCAGAGCAUCAUUACCAUUCUGCGGGAACAGGUCACAGUGGCCACCAAGCGCAUCUUUACCAUUGAAAAGCGCAUUGUGGAUUUGCGAAAGGCCAAGAGCGAGGAGGCGCAACGCCAGCGUGUGCUUGCCGAUUCACUCAUCAAGCCACCAACCGAAGCUCCAGCGAGUCCAGAGGCGCAUGAAUCCAUCGAGUCCAACGAGAACACCAUCGACUCGAGUUCCAUGCCCGAAGAGGAGAUCAAACCGACUGGAGUGUAUGUGGAGACGCAGACAUCGCUCAGCCUGCAGCAGCCGCCAGUUCAGGUGGUGACCACCACGACUGUGGAGGCCCAGACCAGCUUCAAGGAGCCAGCGGUAGAAACCGCAGAGGUGGCUCUACAAACCCAAAAGGAACGUUCGCCCACCGAAAACAUUAUGGUAACACAAACGGUGCAUCAUGGCCAGGAAACGAUCCAGAUCGACACGACUCGCAACAAGGAUGUGCCCGAUGAACCCGAAGAUGUCCAGAUUGAGGCUCGCUACCAUCAACGACCCAAGGGCGAUGUGGACCGCGCCACCGAGCUGAUCCUGAAAAAUGUACCUCAGGCAUUCGAAACCACUUUCGUGGAGCCAGAUGAGACGACCACCGAAGUGAUUGUGGGACCUGAUGGCACCAAGCACAUAGUACUCAAGAAAGUAACUCGUACCCGCCAGCAAGUUGUACAGCAGCAGCAGAUUAGCUCAAUUGAGACUAUUAGCGAUUCAGAUGGUAACAUCGAGGUUCACUCCACGGGACAGAUUAAUCUGGAGAAUGUGCACACCACGGACACCAAAGCUGAUCCGGAGGAGGGCAGUGUCCACACAGUAAUCACACAGCAAACGCGUGGUGCUGUUGUGGAUUCAACGCAGCCCGAGGGUGUGAUCUUGCAGGAAUUCGAAACCGAGCCAACUAUUGAGACGUACGAAGAAGUGAUUGCCCCAGGCUCGCAGGCACAACUGAUUCCCAUGCAGCCGGGAGAUGUGCAAACCCAAGGCACCAUCCGAGCAGUAGUUCAGCAGGUGACCCGUAAGGUGAUCCGCAAGACGCGCAAGAUAAUCAAGCGAGUGGUUAUCAUCGACGGAAAGGAGCACAUCACUGAGGAAGUGGUCGAGGAGCCAGAGGAAGUGGAGAUCACCGAGGAGGAGACAGCACCGCAUAUCAACGUAAAUAUUGUGCGAACCGUUGACGGAAAGGUGGUGAGCGAGGAGGAGUUCCAGCGAAUGAUGCAGGAGCCCGGAGUUCUAAUCGAAGAAGUUGCCACGGAUCUGCAAAAGCCGACAGCAGAGCCGCAGCAAGAGGUAUUUGAUAUUGAGUCUACCCAAGUCACCACCACCACAAGAACUACAACCGCAACCACACAAGAACAAGAACAGCCAGAACAACAGACACAACCAACAACAACAGAAACGACUAAAGAAGCACCAGUAGAGUUGCCAGCACCUCAAGUAGAUGUUGAACAACCCGUAGUUGUUGCCACUACCAGUCCCGUUCAUGUUCCAACAGCGGAUGUAGUCGAGCCCAAGGACUCCUCACCGACAUCCACUACCGCAGCUGUUGUAGAUGUCGAAGCAGUGGUUGAAGAUAUCAACGAGAUUUGGCCACUGGAACAUCACCUGAAACCCACCAACAUUGACUUCUCCCAGCACGUCGAAGAAUUGGCAGCACCAGCAGCGGUCACAGCAGAGACUGAAGCAUCCAUGCCAGUAGAGGAAAUUUGGCCGACAAGUCCAGAAACCGGAAACUCAUUGACCCUGGAGCAGUACGAGUUUGAGCCACAAUCACCACAUGAAGAGAGCACAAAAUCUGAUCUAGUUAAGCCCCAAGAGACUGAACCGCAAGUUGUUGCUGAAACUAAGCCAGAAGGCAUUACCACUGGAAGUAUUACCAUUACCAAGACUACAACCACCAUCACAAGCUCCACAGAAGUACCGGAGGAAACUCUUGUCCAAAAUGUGCCUGCCGAUGAACAACAGCCUCCUGCAAACAAAAUCAAGACUGACAUUCAAAGUUUCCUUGAAGCCGAACAGACUUUGGCCGCAGCUCUAAAGGAGCAGUCUUCAACUCCGACUGGAGCUUCGGUUGCUGAAGAUGUUCAGACUCAGCCUGAGGAAAUUGUUCUUGAGGAAAGGACUGUUGAAAUUUCAACCAUCAAGACUGAAGAGAAUCAACAAGAGCCAGUUAUAGUGGAGGAAGUGAAAUCACUCCCUGUAGAGCCUGAACCAGUAGAACCAGAGCUGGAGGAAGUGGCCAUUGCAAUUGUUGAGCAGACUGAGGAAAAGCCAGAAGAGCCCGUUAUUGAGAAACAACCAGCUUCUGGCCCAAUCGACCUGCGUGCCGCCACUCAACUCUUCAUCUCUGGAGAGGCCGCAGCUUCAACGGCUCCACAGAAAACCUUCCAAAUCUCAGCACCCUCUCUGGAGGACAAUGGCGCUGGUGUGCUGAAGGUUGUCCUGGGCAAGGAAAGUACCAACGAAGAGGAUACCGCAGCUCCAACUACCGGCAAGGUUAGCAUGACCAUCAUUGAGACCGCUGCUGCUCCCGCCGCCGACGCCAAGCGGCGUCGAAAGAAAAAGAAGAGAAGAGAUACAAAGCACGAGGAGGAGCUUGAGCAAGAACAAGAGACUGAGCCGGAACCAGUUGCCGCCGUUAAGGAGCCUGAGGUGAGCUCUGAUGUGCCUGUUUCUCCGGAGGAUUCACCACGCGAUACCGUUCGUCAUGAGUCCAUUGUUGAGAUUAGUCCCGAUAGCGAUUUAUCCAGCAUUGAGAUUGACACGAAAGUGAAGAUUGUGGAGGAUGCCGUUGUAUCUUCACCAUCGGAGUCGCCACGAACGCCAAUGGUCGAGCUGGUCAUUCCCACUGAGGUUGUUGAGUUAGCUUUGGUCGAGGAUGAGGAACAACAGACCACACCGCGUAUUCCAUCGCCCACUGAAAAAUCGGAAGUCGAGCAGGAUAUUAAAUCCGUGCAGACUUCACCACAGCAUCAACCCAAAUUAGAUGAGACUGCAGUGCAGACGAGUCUAGAGGUGCAGCCGGAUAACCAGGAGAAUGAAUCGCAAACACUCAUUGUCGAGAUAACGGAGACUGAAGCACAAACCACUCCGCGAAGCGAGGAGCAGUCGGUGGCUGUUGAGAUUUCCACCACUGAGAUUCAAACCGAUGUGAGUGGCCAGCCAGCUGAAACUGUAGAGAUUUCCAGCCAAACUACCGUGACCACCACUAUCGAAAAGGAACUGCAGACCACGCCAAAGGAUUCUCCUCGAGCACCAGAAGCAGGCAGCAGUGAUGUGGUGGAAUCUCUGGUGCAGGAUUUGGUUAAGGAUAUGACUACCGAUCUGCCAGUGCGUACAAGCGAACAAUCUACCGUGACUGAAACUACCACAACCACUGAGACCCAUGUGCAGACAACCACUCCGGAGCCAAGGGAACAAACUGAAGUCAUUAAACCGGAAACUGCACAUGAAGAAACCUCAACCGUUGAACUUGUGCAGUUCGCGGAUGGUGAGAUGCAAACCACGCCUCCUGGAGAUCAGCAACCCGCAUCUUUAGAUGAUAGUUCUCUGACAGCCACUUCGAUAUCCGUUUCGGAACCCUAUGAACUGGAGGUCAAGACUACGGUGGCCAUUCCCGCUGAUUCGGAUACAUCUGUGGCUGAGCCAACGGUCUAUGAAUACACACAGACCAUGCAGCUGCCGAAGCAGGAGAAGAAAUCCAAGAAGGACAAGAAAAAGAAGCAGAAGAAUGUGCCUGAAGUGGAGCAGCAGCUGCCAGAGGAUCAACAGAUCAGUGUGACCGUUGAAAUCGCACCAGAGUUACUAUCUGAGUCCGGCAUUGUGGUAUCCACCAACCAGCAGAUUGAAGAUGUGCCUCAUGUAACACCCGUGGUAGACACUCCCAUCGAAUCCGAAGAAGUGGAAACGCCCAAAGCUCAAAGAGUGCAACUUCAAAUCACCAAGACCACUGUCUACGAUGAGUAUCCCGAUCUGCCAGUGCAUAUAACUGAGCAGAACAAGGUGCUCAUUGCAUCCCAGCAGAGCAAACGAUCCGGAGCAGGACCCACAUCCUCAGCGGUGACCAUCGAAGAGGUGGGCUCACCCACGGAGGAGUUGGUAGUGCCCAUCACCCCGGGACCAGACAAUCUGAGUGGCGAGCCCCACAACAUCUGGUUCAGUGCCACCACCAGUGUGGAUAAGACACCCAUUGAGCUCUCCCAGGCUUUAAUUAUGAGCGAGAGUUUGCAGCAUUAUCCAGGACAACAGAAACUGACCCAGGAGCCAAUCCUGAUUUCCACGAAGGAGGCCAUUGGUGACCGCAUCAAGCAGCUCAAGCAGGCGUCGCCCCAACAAGCCACUCCACUGAGCAAUGUCCUCCACUUGGCCACCUUAUCUGAACAGAUUAAGGAACUGCCCACCGAGCAACGCAUCUUGGAGGUCAACGAAGGUCUCAAGGAUCUCGAUGUUGCCAUUAAGAAUGGUGAUAAGACUGUGAUUCAAACCACUGUGAUCACGGUUAUCGAGAAGGUAUCAACUUGGUUGGAAACCAUCGAGUAUCGCGUGUACCUCAUCAGGCAGAACUCUAAUGAGGGACCCUCCGAAGAGAAGCUGGAUAACUAUAACCAACUAAAUGACGAGCUUAGCACCAUCAAGCAAAAUGUCGUCCAACUUGAGCGACAAUUGUCCAAGGCUGAGCCGGAACCACAGUUGCUGCAAUGCGUGGAUAGCCUGAAGGAGCAUGUGGAUGCAGUGGAGCAGGUUACACAACAGAACCAGGUGCAGGACAGCAAUGAUCUGGACAAGUGGCACAACUUCGAGGUACUUUUGUACAACGUCUCCUCCGUUUUGGCCGACCUGCAGCAGAGCUACGAUCUUUUGAUCAACCAGGAGUAUCCUUUGUCCGCUAAACUGGCCCAGUUGGACGAGUUGGAGCAGCAGCAUGAGGCGGCGCAGCAGCAACUUGCGCAUCUCUGUCAAAACGCUCGAGCUUUCCAACGCGAUUUUCCAGGCAAGAAGAUGCCGCAGGAUGUGCACAAUGCGUUCGAGACCAGCAAGAAUAUUGCCAACAACAUUCAGGCAGAGCGCGAGCGUGUGCUUCAACUUCAAUCCCUAGCGGAGGAGUACGAGCAGACCCUUAAAGAGUUCACCAAAAUCACGGUUCUUGCCGACAAGCUGGUGGAGAGUCCAAUUGUAUCCAGUUCCCUCGAGCAGCUAAACAACGAGGUGCAGAAACAGAGGAAGUUCUUCGUAAAUCUCAGCCACUGUCGCGCCAUGUUGGAAUCCCUGGAGGAGAACAUCGAUAGUGAGACCCGCGAGAAGCACUCGGAGUUGCACAAGGAGCUCUACAACAGAGCUACCAGUCUGCUGGACAAGGCAUCCGAAAGGUCCUCCAAAUUGGUGCAAGCUGCCUCCCGUUGGACUGUGCUGGAGAAGGGCAUGCGAGAUGAACUGCAAUGGCUUCAGGUGGCUCAGCAACGAGUUCCCGACUUAUCUGCCGUAACUUCCGCAGACUACGAUCAAUACACCACUCUGUACCAAUCCCUGAGCAAUGAUAUCUCACAUCACUAUGUGAAAAUGACACAGCUUUCGGGAAUAGCCAACAAGUUGCAGCUUUUGGUGCAAGCCCCCAAUCUCGUAGAGGAAACCAAUGAGGCGUUGAUAGUGCUACUCAAACUCCGCGAGGAGGUUGCUCUCUACCUUCACCGCCUUCUGGUCUUCAAGGAAAUCUGGGUGCAGUACGAACAGCAAACGGAUAAGCUGGAGGCCUUUGUACGCGAAGCAGAGCAGGAAUUGAGGAACAUCCAGAUACCCUCGCAGCCCACUCACCAGCCCAUCGAGCACAUGCGUCAAUUCUGGGAGAUUAAGGCCCGUUUCGAGCUCCACAAUAAUGUGAGAACCGAUACGGGUCUGAGCUUUGAGAAAUCCCUGCAGGUUAUCCCCUUGGCGGACGAGAUGCUACAGCGGCAGUUCCAUGCCCAACUGGAGGAUCGCUGGCAGGCAGUGGCCCAGGCCAUUGAACUCAUUCAGCACAACAUUGUGGAAUGCCUGUCGUCGGAGGAUGUGCCCGCUGACGAGAAGCUCAAAAUGGUAGAGCGAGAGCUGCAGGAGAUCUACCUGACCAUGACCAGCAUGAAGGGAGUCAUCAAGAACGAGGAGGAGCUCUGUCUGUACAUCGAACGAGUCCAAGUGCUACGCACUCGCGUCGGAUUCAUUGGCAACGAGCUUGGCAGGAUCGGACUGCAAGAGCCCGCCAUUGAGCCGGAAAAAGUUGGUGAGCUAUUCUCGCUCUCGCACAAGAUAAGUACCCAGAUUGCCGAGGAGCUAGAGGGUGCAUCUGUGCUGCGCGACCAACUGCAGGCCAUCCAGGAGGGCAUUAGCAAUCAACGCAAACACCAGGCCAAGAUCUCGGUCAUUUUGGAUGAAUGUGAAGCCGCCGAGCGCCAGGGAGCAGAUGUUCUCGAAAAGGCCGUCGCCGAUUGCCAGGCCGCCGGCGAGGAGCUGGUGAUCAGCUGGCAGGAGAUUAUGCGAAUCCGCCAGAUGCUCCACACCCUGCCCAUGCGCCUCAAGAUGUCCGUUUCACCGGUUAAGUUGGAGAGGGACAUCUCCCAAUUGCAGGACGACCACGCCUUCCUCGAGAGCAAGUGCACCAACAUAAUGGCCAUCCUGAGGAGCCGCCUAGCCGUCUGGCUGCGCUAUGAGCGUCAGCUGGAGCUGGUCCACGGAUCCGUCCAGGAAACCGACUUCAUGAUGGAACUCAUCCGGGUGCACGGUCAAGUGGACUACGAGCGCCUGCGCAAAGCAACUGAACGUUUGGAGGGACUGGCUGGCGAUCUGCAUAACCGCGAGCAACUGAUCGAUGAGCUGAAGGGUGCCGCCAAACCGCUGAUCGAGAGCUGCGAUGUCCAGAUUGUCGAACAGAUCGAGUCCGCUGUCCAGGAGGCGGUAGUCGCCUGGAAUGACACCAGCGAGAAUCUGCAGCAGCUGCGAACCCGCUACCAAAGAGCCGUCGAACUGUGGGAUAAGUAUCGCAACGCCUCAGCCGCCGUCAAGAACUCCAUUGACCAGCAGAUGGAUGCGGUCAAGUCGCUGGAGCAGCCCCUGGAUGCCCUGCAGCACGCCAAGGUUUGCCAAGACAACCUGACGACCCAGAAUGACAGAAUCUUGGAGUUGCGCGACAUUGUGGCCAAGAUCGCCGCCGAUGUGGGCCUGGAUGCCUCAGCGCUCAUGCAAGGUGAAUUGGAUGCACUGGGUCAGCGAUUGGCCGAGUGCAAGGAUGCCAUCACCACGCUGGCCAACGUGGCCGAGACGCAGGACAAGGAGCGCAAGGAGCUCGACAAGGAGGUGACUCUGGCCAAGGCCUACUUCAACAAUGUGCAGCAGGACAUAUCCCGAGAGGCACCGCAAAAUCCCAAAGAAAGCGAGGAGCAGCUGGCCGCCUUGCGAGCCCAUCUCCAGACUUUGGCCCGAACGGAAGAGCAACUGCGUCAGCUGAAGGAACGCCAUCAGAAUAGCGAAGUAGCACCAUCGGUGGCCAGCAGCGAUGAUGACGGCAUCCUGGAGGUUCUAGCCCUGUGGCAGAAGAUUUUCCAGGACACCUUCCAGGAGUAUCAUCGCCUGUCCACGCGACUCGCCCGCAGCCAAAACAGUUCGGAGGCUCUGCGAUUGUGGAGGCAGUACCUGCAGCACGUCCAGUCCUUCCUGUCCUGCGCCAUUCCCGAGGAUUACAGCAGCCUGCGAGAGCAGCAGCAGCUGUGUGCCAUCCACCAGAACUUGCUCAUCUCGCAGCAGAGUGUGCUUUCCGAGACACCACUGGAAUCGGAGCUAUCGGAGCAGUACAAGGCUCUGACCAACCUGCACAAUGAAACCCUCUCGAGGAUCAUGCAGCGCAAUGGUGAGCUGGAACGGCGAGUUAGUGGCUGGAAUGCCUACCGCCAGCAGCUGGCAGCCCUUUUGGACUGGCUGCGUCAACGGGAAGCGGAACGCAAUGCCCUUCAACUGCGCUACAUUCACCUGAAGCGAGUGCCCCACCUGAAGCACCGCCUGGAUGCCAUGAUCCAGCAAUUGGAUCAGGGAGAACAACAGAGCAAGGCUUUGCAGGAGCAGCAGCAGGAGCUGGCCAGGCAUUGUGACGACGCGCUGGCCACCGCCAUGCGAAUGGAGCAGGCCAGCAUUGGUCAGCGGAUAAGCAAUCUGCGCGCAGCCCUAAAGACCUGGCAAGGAUUCUUGCAGCGCGUUACCCAGCUUUCGGAAAGCUACGAGCAGCGAGUUAACCAGUUGCAGCAGGAAUUCGGAGCAGCACAGAAGCUUCUGGAUGCCAACAGCGAAUCUCUGCCCACUCAGCCAGCGGCAAUUGAGCAACUACUGGGAUCCCUGCGUGCGCAAAGGGUCCAACUUGGUGCCCAAGUCUCCGCUCUGGAGAGUCUCACUGUGACCCAGGAGGAGCUCAAGGAGUGCAUCAGUCCCCACGACAUGAAGACCAUUCGCCAAAGGAACUGGUUGCUCUGGCAGCAGCACGCCGAUCUGGACUACCAGCUGGCCAACCUGAUCAACUCGAUUGAGGAGCGGCUUUCCCUACUGUCCAACUAUCAAAUCAGAUACGAUCGCAUCUCCCAGUGGCUGCAACGUUUGGAACAGCGUGUGGAAAAGGAUGCUGAUGUCACUGCCAUGACAAAUCCCGAACAGGCAGCCAAGCAGCUGGAGCAGCAGGUGAAUUCCGAGCUGCAAUUGAGGGACAAGGAACGGGAGUGGCUUCUAUCCACCAGCCGGGAACUGCUCACCCUCUACUCCGAGCCAGAAGUGCGAUCCCAGGUGCAACAACAGAGUGACUCCCUCAUCGAUCGCUGGCAGCGUCUCAAGUAUUUGGCCAAGCAGAAAGCCACCAAGAUAGGAGAGCUCAAGAUGACACUUCUCCGUUUGGAGGAGCGAAUCGCUCUGAUCCGCGCCUGGCUUUUCGAAGUCGAAUCCCAACUGGACAAACCCUUGAAUUUCGAAAGCUACACACCGAAUGUGAUCGAGGCCAAGCUAAAGGAGCAUGAGCAAAUCCAACGCUCCAUUGAGCACCACAGCAGCAAUGUGGGCGAGGUCCUUAAUCUCGUAGAGAUGCUCCUCAACGAUGCGGACAGCUGGCGCACGCAGGUGAACACUUCUGGAUUAGCUGCCUCAGCUCAGAAUCUGGAGCAGCGCUGGAAGAAUGUGUGCAGCCAGUCGGCGGAACGAAAGGCCCGCAUCCUGACCAUUUGGAAUCUUCUCCAGCAGCUCAUCAAACUUACUGCAGAGCAUAAAAAUUGGCUGGGAAAACAAGAAAGCCAAAUUGCCGGCUUCGAAAGAGAUCAGAAGUCCCACAGCAAGCAUAAGCUGGAGGAGCGCCAGAUGGAGCUGAGAGCCAAGCUGGAGGAGCUGGAAAGUCAGUCGGUGAAUCUUCGCCAGCUGGAGCAGAUCUAUGCUAAGCUGGCCAUGAGUGCUGGCGUCGAGCCGGAGAACAUCCAGAAACUGACACUGCCCACCAAGGUGAUGGUGAGCAUGUGGCGCCAGUUGACGCCACGCUGCCAUGCCCUGUUGGAUGCCAUCGACAAGGAUGCCAAGCUAAUGCGAGAGUUUAACAACGCACAAUUGGAAGCCACCAACUCGCUGAAUGCCAUACAAAAGGCUUUGGAACAAUUGCCCAGCGCAGAGAAUCAACAGACCUCCAAAGCGGAGCCGAAAGCGGUGCUCCAACGUCUGGAGAGUCUAGAGAAGAAGUUGCAGGACGCACAACAACAUGUCCAGCAGGCGGAUAACCUGGCCCAGGAGGCCAAGACGAGGACCAAGCAGCAACCCCAACUGAAGCAAUUGUUGGAACUUGUGUCCGCCUAUACCACCCUUUGGCAGACGGUCCAGACCCGCAUUGUCACCCUCAAGACCACCUGGCUGACCAGAGCAGCUCAGGCAGCCGCCUCUCUGCCGGUCAGUGAGGCAGCCAACGCCGCCGUCCAGGUAAACACCCUAUCCCAGCGGAAACUCCGCCAGGCCCAACAGAUGCAGCGGGAAACCUCCAUCACGGCCAAGGAUGCCUACAUCAUGGAGCUGCAGACGGCCAUCACGGAAUGCCAGAACAAUCUGGACGAGCUGCAGCGCACGGUGGUGGACAAGACCCGCAAGCCGGGACCCCAGAAGAUCGCCAAGCUGCUGGGCAACGCUCAGUCCUCCACCGAGUUAGUGAAGCAUCUCAGCCAUCUACUGCUCACCGAGUGCAAGGCAGAUGACCAGGCUGCCGAGGUGGACACCGUGGCAGAGCUCACGUUGCGCUUCGAUACACUGCAGUCGCAGUGGAAGGCGCGACAGCAGCACGAUCAAAAUGCAAGCGAGGUCGGCCGGCUAACGUGUCCGCUCUGCACACAGCGAAAUUGGCAGCAGAUCGACAACGAUCUGUGGCGCCUGGAGCAGUGGCUGCAGUUCGCCGAGAGCACCCAGAAGGCCCAGUCAGCUCCACCCUCAAACAUCGAGCUCCUCGAGGACGUCACGCAGGACCAUCGCGAGUUCCUCCUGGAUUUGGAGAGUCACAAGUCCAUCAUAUCGUCGUUGAAUGUGGUCGGUGACCACUUGGCUACGCACACUUUGGAUACCGAAAAGGCGCGACAGCUGCGAUCUCGUCUAGAGGCGGACAAUGAGCGCUGGAACAAUGUGUGCAUCAAUGCCACCAAAUGGCAAGGUCUUCUCCAGACCGCCCUGAUGGGCAACAGCGAGUUCCAUCAGACCAUCGGUGAGCUGGUCGAGUGGCUGCAGCGCACCGAGCAGAACAUCAAGGCCUCCGAGCCCGUUGAUCUCACCGAGGAGCGCUCCGUUCUGGAGACCAAGUUCAAGAAGUUCAAGGAUCUGCGAGCCGAACUAGAGAGAUGCGAACCUCGGGUGGUCAGCCUGCAGGAUGCCGCCGAUCAGCUGCUCCGCUCCGUCGAGGGCUCCGAGCAGCAAUCGCAACACACGUACGAGAGAACCCUUUCCAGAUUGACCGAUCUCCGGCUGCGUCUCCAAUCCCUGCGUCGUCUAUCCGGCAUCUAUAUCGUCAAGCUGGGUGCCGUCCUCGGCUACGAGGGCGACAAUCUCGGCGUGCCAUUGCACAUGUUGUCUAGUGAGCUUUUGGAUAAUACUACAUUAUCAACCUCUUCCAUGCAGGCCGCCGCACCCAACACAGAAAAUGCAAACAACACCGAUGGCGGCGAUGCUGUCGAUGGCGAUGUCAUCAAUACCACGGUUCUGGCGCGCGGUGCACGAUUCCUAGGCCGCGUUGCACGUGCCUCGCUGCCCAUUCAGGCGCUCAUGCUGCUGCUUUUAGGUGUGGCCACCCUGGUGCCCCACGGUGAGGACUACACCUGUAUGUUCUCCAACACCUUUGCGCGCAGCCUGGAGCCCAUGUUGUCGUAUCCCCACGGACCGCCACCCACGUAAAGCUGUCGAGUUGCAAUUGGAUUAGUGCAAUGAAACACGAUCAAAAAAAAAGUCAAGAAACCCUAUACCCUAAGAAGAACCCCCUAUGAAAAACGCCCUAUGAAAAAACCCAGUUUAAAGAUGCCUUUUGAAAGCUAAAUUUCAAGUAAGAAAAAUUUAAACAAAAAAAUGUUGAAUAUCGAAAUGGAAGAGUUGUACAUUUGUGUAGUUUAUCACAUUUUGUAAUUGUAUGUAAUUUUAUAGUCAUUCGAUAGCUAGAGGCAUUAAUAAAACAACCAAUUUGUAUAUAACCUACUGAACCGAACAGACUCGACAAGCCGAACAUGAAACACGUAAAAGAAUUAAACAAAAAAAUAAAAAGAAACAGAAUGAACUAACUAUUCAAACUAACGACAAGUAACCGAAACCCUUUUGUAAAACGAUAUAUACAUUAUACAUAUAUAUUUGCACAGCAAACAAUUUAUAUAUUCAUAUAUACCCACGUAUAUGAUCCCAAAAAAACUAUAGAGAACCCAAACAUUUUGUAUAUAAAAAUAUCUAAGCUAAAACGAAAUCAAAAUACGCACACGAACAUUUUACUCAUCAACGCACGUUUUCGCAUUUAGAGAGAUCCUGGGCAGCAGAAAAUUGCGAUUAGCAUCCUGCCAAUUUCGUGGAACAUUUUCGCAGGAUAUGAUCUCAAGUUCCUGCUGCCAGCGAUGGGCUAGAAAGGCAAACGAAAUCCCAAGACAAAAUCAUGACCCACAUAGACCAAUCGCCUGGAGAUCCUCAUGGCAACCAAUGUUCCUAGUUUCCAGCGCGUCCUUCUCCCAAACUCAGGGCUAUGCUGUCAACAGUGGGCAUUGACCUCCAUUUGGACUCCGGCUUCUAAAGAGACCCCGUGUCAAGAAGGAUCACUCUACCCAAGGCCAAGAUCUCUCCCACGGCCAAGGGUUAGAUGGGAUAGCAGCCAGUGCGCCAGCCACAGGUCACUGGGCUCGAAAUCAAUCCUUAAACUCCAUCCCGACACUGGGGCCUAGACAUUUCAAGCAUUCCUGAUACUCAUUUCCAAAUUACCAAUAGACAUUGACCAUCGAAGCCAGCUCUCAAAGAAAAGAAAAUGGAAAACGUGCGUGCCACGAGCAUUGAACAAAACGAAGCAAGUGUCCUAUGCCGGUGCUAAACCAACCUACAAAUUUUCUGUAUAAAGAAAAAAUGUAAAAUGCGUAUACAAAAAACAAAAAUAUUAUGAAUUCAUAAAAGAAGAGAUUAAUUCUUUGAAAAAAAAAAAUCGUAAAAAUGCAAUAUGCAUAUUGACAAGUGACGUAAGUCCAUCCAGUAAAAGAUACCUAUUUUGUUGUUAAUAUUUUUUGAUAAUCCUAAUUAUAUUUGCCUUAUACUUAUCCAACUUGUUUAUUACAACUAUUUUCUAUUAUUUAAUGCUUGGCCAAUUAUUAUUGAGAAAAUACAUACAUUUAUUUAUUAGGCCUAUGAACGAUUUACUAUGUAUAAAAUUAAGUUUGAUUUAAAUGUUAAAUUUGUGUACUUUGCUGCUUCUAUCUGGUUAUGAAAUAAUUAGCCGUUAUCGAGUUAAUAUAAUUUAUGUAGCAUUUUAAGAUUUCCUUUCUUGUGAACAACUGUACCUUUAUAUGCAUUAUGAUUAUUAAAAAAAAAAA